AUAUUUCCGUUCGGGUUUUUGUGUUGUGGUGGACACGAGUAUACAACAUACAACGUCACCUCACCUCGCUCACGAACUACUUAAGCUACCCACACUUGUUCACUUUUACCCGUUGCCUGUAACGGUUUAGAUCUCGCCAGCAGCUCUCGAUCAACAAUUGUACUUUGUCUCUGUGCAUGCCACCAUCUUCAUACAGAAUCAUGACUUUGGCGAAAUGGGCAAUUGUGCCGGUGACGGUAUUCGUUAUUAUCGCGGUUGUGUACAGUCAAGCGUCCGAGGACGAGAAAAGAGGACCAAAAGUCACAGAUGUCGUGUGGUUCGACAUCCAAGUGGGUUCCGACAAGCCAGAGAGAGUGGAAAUCGGUCUGUUCGGCAAGACUGUUCCCAAAACGGUUCAAAACUUUGUCGAACUAGCGCAGAAGCCAAAAGGUGAAGGUUACAAGGGCAGCAAGUUCCACAGGGUCAUCAAAGAUUUCAUGAUUCAGGGUGGAGACUUCACCAAAGGAGAUGGAACCGGCGGCCGUAGCAUUUUCGGCGAAAGAUUUGAAGACGAAAACUUUAAGCUCAGACAUUACGGCGCCGGUUGGUUAUCUAUGGCUAACGCUGGGAAAGAUACCAAUGGAUCUCAGUUCUUCAUUACUACUGUAAAAACCUCCUGGUUAGAUGGACGCCAUGUUGUGUUUGGAAAAAUUAUUAAAGGAAUCAAAACUAUUAAGAAAAUUGAAGCUACCAAAACAGACUCGAGAGACAAGCCCGUUGCUGAUGUUACAAUUGUCGAUUCCGGUCAUAAUGCCAUUCCAGAACCAUUCUCAGUUAGCAAGUCUGAUGCUACUGAAUAAAUCAAUUACCAAUUAAAAACAUUACCUGAUAAUGAUUGAGCAUUGUAUGUUAUUGAAUGCAUUAAAUGUUCAAUGGUAGUUUUUAUGCAUUUUAUAACAUCACUUACUUAAUAUUUAAGUGAGAUCAACAAAUUGAACAAAUCUAUAUUGUAAACAAAACUCAAUAGUUACACAUAUUAUGCUACUUAUUUUUUUUUAUAGUUUUAGUAAUUCGAUUUUGUAUGAUUGUUAAAAUUUUAAAGAACUAAUAUCUGUAUUUUUUUUUUUUACAAUUUUUACUUGUUUAUUAUAAAUAGUACACUUUUUCUCUACAUAAAUAA